CUCCGAGUCUCAGAGACUCUCCCUUCUUUUUUCUUCUUCUUCUCAGUCGAUUGAUCCCUAGCGCCUCCUCCUCUUCGAGUCUCAGAGACUCUCACCGCCUUCUCUUGGAAGCCACAAGCCACACGCAUCCCAGGUACAGGUGAAUUUAAUUUGUUUGGAUUCGAGUUUUUACGUGACAAUGGGGGAAGAAGGAAAUGAAACUGGUAGCUUCGAAGAUGAUGUACUCUCUGUCUUAGCUACAGGUCUUGAAGUUGAGAUGACAAAAGAUGAGCAAGGAGAAGAAGAGCAAGGAGAAGAAGGAGAUGAUAAUAGCGAUGAUGGAGAGUUUGUUCUGAGAUUUGAAGGCGAUAUGAAUCCUUUUGAUUAUACAGAAAAUGAUGCAUUUGGAGUCCAGCCUUAUCAACGAUUUCAACGUCUCGAAUAUGAAUCUCUUGCUGAACGAAAGCGAAAAGUACACGGGGAUCAUUCGUGUGGAGAAAUGUUGAAGAAGGCCAGACAGGGGGAUGUUUUUGGUGCCGACAUAGAUGAAAUAAUGGAAGCCAUGAAUUUUGGGAAUAGGAGAAAAUCAAGGAAGAACAAGAAAAGAGGCAGACCAAAGGGAUCUAAAAAUAAAGCUAGCCCGCAAAUAACACGAAUGCUUGGUGAGGGUACUCUUCAUUAUGCAAAGGGUCAUUAUUCAGAGGCCAUAAGGGUUUUGAAUGAGGUUGUUCGGCUUGCACCCAACUUGCCUGAUGCCUAUCAUACACUUGGCCUUGUGUAUGAUGCAAUUGAUGAGGGAAAAAAGGCCAUGAGUUUUUACUUGAUUGCUGCUGAGAUGAAGCCAAAAGAUUCAUCCCUUUGGAAAUUGCUUGUUUCAUGGUCCUUAGAGCAAGAAAACACUGGUCAGGCAAUGUACUGCCUUUCUAAAGCAAUAAUGGCAGAUCCCAGUGAUAUUUCGCUUAAAUUUGAUCGUGCAUUACUUUACAUCAAGCUUGGGGUUUAUGAGAAAGCUGCUAAAUCUUAUGAUCAAAUAUCUCAGCUCUACCCUGAUAACAUUGAAGCACACAAGGCAGCUGCACAGUUGUAUAAACAUUGUCGUCAGGUAGACCGUUCAGUUAGCAUUUUGGAGGAUUAUCUUAAACAUCACCAAACUGAAGCUGAUUUGAGCAUUGUUGAUUUGUUAGCAGCCAUAUGCAUGGACAAUCGUGAUUAUGCCAAAGCUCUUCAACAUAUUGAGCAUGCACAGUCAGUCUACUAUUUUGGGAAGGAAUUGCCACCCUAUCUAACGGCUAAAGCAGGAAUCUGCUACCUUCAUCUUGGAAAUGUGGACAAGGCAGAGAUUGUUUUGAGGGCUUUGCAGUUGGAGAAUGCAUAUGAUCAUACUGAUUUGAUUACUCAAGUUGCGGACUCGUAUAAGCAUCUGGGGCACUAUGGAUCUGCAUUAAAUUACUUUUUGAUGGUGGAAAGUUGUUCUGAACAAGGAAAUGGAGUUUUGGACUUGAAAAUUGCUCAAUGUUAUCUGUUCUUGAAGGAAAAAGAUCAGGCAAUUAAAUUCUUCUAUAAAGCUUUGCACUCACUUGAGGACAGUGUUGAUGCUCGUUUAAAUUUAGCUUCCUUACUUCUUGAAGAAGGGAAAGUAGAUGAAGCCAUCUUGUUGCUUUCUCCAGCAAAUGCAGAGUUGACAUUGGACACAAGUCGUGAUCAAUCUAAGAUGUGGUGGCUUAAUGAGAAAGUUAAGCUCAAGCUUGCCAACAUUUAUCGAGCUAAAAUGAUGUUCGAGGAGUUUGUUGAUGUAAUCCAUCCCCUAAUUCAUCAGUCGUUGACUAUUAUUACUGCUAACAAAAAGGUUAAAGCAAGGAAGAAGCUCUCAAAAAGUGUUCUUCUGGAAAGAACCAAAGUGUUGGAAGACCAUCAAACUGAUAAUGUGUUCCAUGGAUUUAGACCAACAGCUAGUGCAUCAGACUUGUCAAAAGCUGCUAGGGCUAGAAAGUUGCUUCAAAAGAAGUCAGCUUUGAAGGAACAAAUGAAGGCAAAAGUGUUGGCUGCUAGUUUGGAUUGGCAAAGUGAAGAUUCAGAUGAUGAGCCUCGGCAAGAAUUGAGGAAGCCACCCCUACCUGAACUUUUAAAAGAUGAAGAGCAUCAUCAACUUAUUUUAGAUUUAUGCAAGGCUUUGGCAUCUUUACAAAGAUACCAGGAAGCAUUUGAUAUCAUUAAACUGAUUAUGAGAUUGGUUCCCCACAAAAUGUCUGGUGAAAGGAAGGAUGAGUUUGUGACCCUAGGUGCUCAAGUGGCAUUGAAACUGAUGGAUCCUAAACACGCGUACGAUUUUGUACGAGACAUUGUUCAACAGCGUCCUGACAACAUGGCUGCCUGGAAUUACUACUAUCAUAUAAUAUCGAGGAUGGAGAUUCAUCACUCUAGGCAUUCCAGAUUUUUGAACAGAAUACGAGAUGAGCACAAAAAUUGUGUUCCACCCAUAAUUAUUUCAGGUCAUCAGUUUACCGUUGUCAACCAACAUCAAGCAGCUGCAAAAGAGUACCUAGAAGCUUAUAAGCUUCUGCCAGAUAGUCCCUUUGUCAAUCUCUGUGUAGGCACUGCUUUAAUUAACUUAGCCCUGGAUGUAAGACUAAAGAACAAGCAUCAGUGUUUGGCACAAGGCUUGGCAUUUCUAUACAACAAUCAGCAGCUUUGCGGAGAUAGCCAAGAAGCCUUGUACAACAUAGCCAGGGCAUAUCAUCAUGUUGGCCUUGUUUCUUUUGCAGCUUCAUAUUACGAAAAGGUACUUUCUACUUCUGAAAAAGAUUAUCCUGUUCCCAAGCUUCCUUAUGAGCAUCCAGAUCUCACAAAAAAUCGAAAGCCUGGUUACUGCAACAUUCAUCAAGAAGCAGCUUACAACCUGCACCUGAUCUACAAACAAAGUGGGGCACAUGAUCUUGCCAGGCAGGUUUUGCGAGACCACUGCACCAUAUGAAAAAUUAUACAGAAAAUCUGGAUGUAAAUUUGUUAGUAAUCGCGAUUAUAUUGCAGUCCUGUUUAUACAGUCGUUUUGUCAUAUGAAUGGAACUUUCUCUCUUUUUCCUUGCUUAUUUAGUGCGUCUUUGGAUGAGUUUAAGUUUAGACCUGUUUCCACCGGGGAACCUUUGAAAUCAUGUACAACAUUGUUAAAUAUUUGGCACUCUCUUGAAAUCAAUUCUAAAAUGACAUAAAUUUUUAAUUCUAAUUCUAUCAUGUAUAAUUCAUAAUCUGUUGACAUUUUUUUACUAAUUCAAAAUAGCUUCUAAUGCAACCAUUUUUAUGACUGCUUGCAAA